AUGGCGAGCAACGUACGCUGCGGAGCUGCCGCGCUCGGUCGAUUGCGCGGCCAAGCCCACAGCACCCACCACCACCUUGUCAACACGUACACCACCGCCGCCUGCGCCGGCAACCUCGCCAACGGCCGCGCCGCCGCCCGACCAACAACAGCUGAACCACUGCUGCGCGUCGCCGACGCGGCACGCCGGCCUCAACGCAGGCACCUGGCAGACUUUGUGCGCGGGACGACCCCGGACGGCACGCCAUACAAGGUGCCGCUCAAGAGUCCCAAGGUCGUCGGCGUGGUGUCGUCUCGUGGAGAGCGAGCAUACCAAGAGGACGCGACGGCAGUGUGCGCGCUCGAGCUCAACCCCGAGGAACUGGCACGCUCGUUGUCACGGGGCACGACAUGGGACCCGGUCAAGGCCGGACCUCUUGCUGGCCAAGUGUCCUUUUUCGGCAUCUACGACGGGCACGGGGGCAGGCAGGUGUCCCAGUUCUUGCAGCACAAGCUGGCAGCCUUGGUCGAGAGCGUGACUCCGGCAGACAUCCAGCCAGUGGUGGAGAGCACGGUCGAGCUGGGCGGAUACUUUCGCCGCUGGCGAGGCGGACCCCUGCGCCGGUUUACAGAGUGGACCCUCGGCGAGCGGGCUGGCGAGAACGACCUGUUGACAAUCGAGGAGCGGUUGACGCUGGCGUUCUUGAAGGCGGACAUGGAAAUCCGCACCGAGAUUGAGCAGGCUGAACACUGCGGAUCGACAGCCACGGUCGUCCUGGUACACUCACUCGACACGCCCGCCCAGCCCCACUGGGCUACCAAGCGGUUGCACUUGACCAUGGCUCAGGUCGGUGACACGCGCGCCCUCUUGUGCAACGUCAAGGACGGCGAAGUCAUCGCCCUUACCGACCGCCACCACGCCGAGGCGCGUGUCGAAGCCGACCGUCUGCGCAGCAUGGGUGCCGACCGAUUGAUCUCGGACAGCUUUGGCGAGACGCGCUGGAUGGGCGCGAUUGAGAACACUCGCGGCUUUGGUGAUACCCAGUGGAAGGCGUCCGGUGUGACGUGCGAGCCCGAAGUCACCACGCGCGUUGUUGAUGGCGACGAGAACGCAUACCUCAUACUGGUCACUGACGGCCUGACGUCCAUGCUCUCGGACCAGGAACUGGUCGACCUGGCCCGUCGCUCUGCCGACCCAACGCGCGCGGCAAAGACCGUCAUCCACUUUGGCGAGGACCUCGGCGCCCGCGAUAACUGUACCUGCGUCGUCGUCCCGCUGGCUGGGUGGGGCAAGGUCACUGGUCCAGACACGACCGAGGCGAGGCCGGCAGUGAGCCGAUACCCUACCUAG